AUGGGCAAAGAAACCCCCACCACGAUGCGCGUGUGGAAGUACGCCUCGGCCGACGGCGGCAUCGAGAAACACCUCCAGAUUCACCAAUCGGAGCCCCUCCCGAAGCCCUCGCCCAAGGAACAUCUCGUCCAGGUGCUCGCCGUGGGCCUCAACCCGGUCGACUACAAGCCGGCCGAAGCGUUCGUGGGCAAGUUGAUGAUCAAGAAGCCGGCCACCCCUGGAUUUGACAUCGCCGGCCGCAUCGUCACUCCCGCCCAAGGCUCCAAGCUCCGACAAGGCGAUCUCAUCUUCGGCGCCGCUAGCACCAAUCCUCUGGCUGGUGGUGCUUUGGCUGAGUACAUUGCUGCGCCUGCGGAUCGUGUCACUACUCUCCCACAAGGCGUCUCGCCGCUUUUGGCAGCAGGCGCCCCUGUCGCCGCCAUCACCGCCCACGACUCCAUCGUCCCGUACAUCCAGAAAGGCUCCCGCGUCUUCAUCAACGGCGGCAGCGGCGGCGUCGGCACCUUCGGCAUCCAAAUCGCCAAGUCGGUCGGCGCCUACGUCGCCGUCUCCUGCUCGGGCCGCAACGCCGAACUCUGCCGCUCGCUGGGCGCCGACGAGGUCUUCGACUACAACGCGCGGCCCUUGAUCGACCAACUCCGCGCCGCCAAGCCCUUCGACCACGUCGUCGACAACGUCUUCAGCGACCCGGACCUCUACUUCCAAGCCCACACCUACACCACGCCGACGGCCAAGUUCGCCGAGGUCGCCAGCGGGCCCACGCUCGCCUUCCUCAAGUUCGCCCUCCGCGCCUCGCUCUUCCCCAGCUUCCUUGGCGGCGGCAAGCGCAAGUUUGUGCUCGUCGUCUCGGACGUCAAGGAGGAGACGCUGAACAAGUUCGGCAACUGGUUCGUCGACGGCCAGGUCAAGCCCGUCAUCGACCAGACGUUCCCCUUUGAGCAGGCUGUCGACGCCUACAAGCGACAGAAGACGGGCCGUGCGGCUGGGAAGGUCAUUGUCGAUGUGACGGGUGAGGGGAAGGUGCAGUAG